UGGCACUUUCACUCCAUGUCCCAAUCUCCAGUUCACACAAGGAAAAAAAACACAGAAAGAAGAUUCCGCGGGAUCGCUUGCAUUCCGCCUGAUUACGACAUGUUUAUACAUGACCACAUAAUUCAGGUCAAUUUGGAUCUCACAUUACACAGACACUGCAGACUGGUGGCUUGGAAACAGUCUGCCUGCACUUUCUGGAACAUGGGAAUGAAUGCAAAGCAGCUCCUCUUCUUCUCCUGCCUUCUUUCUGUGACCAGCUGUUGCAAUGGUGGCAGAAUCUUAGUGUUUCCAGAAGACGGCAGCCACUGGGUGAAUAUGCAGGUCAUACUCAAGGAGUUGCACGCCCGUGGCCACAGUCUGACAGUGGUACGGUCUUCAAAAAGCUGGUACAUUCAGGACAGUUCUCCUCUCUACACAUUUAUUAGUGUUAACCUCACUAACACAGAAGAAGGUAGCUCAGGGUUAUUUGAGACCUUGCUGGAACGGUCACUAGCUUUACGUAGGAUGACACCGAUCCUGCGCUUUUUUGAACAGCAGAAGGACGUGAUGGCCAUACUGAAGAUAUUCCACAGUGGAGCCCUUAGUAUUAUUUCUACCAUACUGGAUGACGCAGCACUGAUGGGAAAACUGCAGGAUGCUAAGUUUGACCUAUUGCUCACUGACCCUGCUUUCCCUGCAGGGGUUCUCCUGGCCCACUAUCUCCACUUACCCAUGGUGUAUAAUGUACGCUGGCUCAAUGCAGGAGAUGCGCAUAUGGCCAUUGCUCCAUCGACGCCAUCUUACGUUCCCAUGUACAACUCAUUAUUCAGUGACAGAAUGGACUUCCUGCAGAGGACCGAGAACUUCCUUCGCUAUAUGGUCAGCCUCCUCCAGGAACAAUUUGUUAUCCUACCCAUUUAUGAUGAAUUGCUCAAGAGGCACUUUCCACCAGGGUCAGACCUUCUCACCAUGCAGCGUUCAGCAGAUAUUUGGUUGAUGCGUGUUGACUUUAUUUUUGAGUACCCACGCCCUAGCGUGCCUAAUGUGGUCUACAUAGGUGGCUUCCAGUGUCGCCCAGCUGAACCCAUUCUUCCAGAGCUGGAGGAGUUUAUGCAGAGUUCUGGGGAGCAUGGCGUGGUGGUCAUGUCCCUUGGAGUCAUGGUCACUGCUCUGCCCAAACAAAUCACAGAAGCCAUUGCAGCUGCUUUUGCUAAGCUACCUCAGAAAGUCAUAUGGAGGUAUGUAGGUGAGCGACCUUCGUCUCUGGGUAACAACACUUUGCUUCUUGAAUGGCUUCCUCAAAAUAAUCUCCUGGGGCACCCGAGGACGUGUGCAUUCGUGUCUCAUGGUGGCAACAAUGGUAUCUACGAAGCUAUCUAUCAUGGGAUUCCAGUGUUGCUUCUGCCACUUCUCUUUGAUCAGUUCGACAACGCAAUUCGACUGGAAACCCGAGGUGCUGCACGUGUGCUUGAGGUCAGCACAUUGACUUCUGAAGAAUUCCUUGAAGCCCUCAAGGAUGUCAUUAAGAAUCCAUCUUACAGAAGCAACAUUCAAAAACUCUCAGAGCUUCACCGUGAUCAGCUUAUUCCUCCUCUAGACAGUGCCACAUUCUGGAUUGAGUAUGUCAUGAGGCACAAAGGAGCUCAACACCUGUACUCUGAAGGAACUAGACUUCCAUGGUACUCCUACCAUAAUCUAGAUGUGGUAGGUUUUCUGUUAGUCAUCAUUAUAACUGUACUCUGGGCCACGGUAUAUCUUGUUAAAUUUCUUUGUUGUACACGAGACAGGAAGCAAAAGACUGAGUGAACUCAACCUUCACUAUCUAUUGACAUGCACCCUAAAUGUGUUUUUGGGUCUUUGAGGGUUUUUUGUUGUUGUUGUUUCUGUUGUUGAUUUUGUGUAAGCACUUUAGGAUGUGAACUAACUGUAAUCAAAAUAGACCAUUUAACAGCUAAAACAUUAGCUAAUAGACAUUAUGAUGUCUAUUAGCCACAUAAUCUUUAUUACAGCCUUUCAGUUUUUGUUUAGGCAACAAAUCAUCGAAAUCCUGUCAUUUGUAGUGUCAUUUGUACUCAUUACAAUGUACAGGACAUGGAAUAAAAUGUGAUUUGAAUGUAAUUA